UAAAACACACUGCAAUGGGGAAGGUCGGGUCACUAGGUGGGCCCGCUUUGCUUACCACUGACUACCGAAAUGUCCCAAGAGGAGAAUAACGAGUCUUCUUCUACAAUGUUACGAUUGCUUACUGUCGCAAGGGAAAGCGUCAAAUUGUUUAUUGAGUGCAUAUUUGAAUGUUGUUCUUCUAUUUCCAAAGCUGUUCUGAAUCAACUGCGUGACCUGAAAUCUAAAAAUGCUGAACAUAGAAGCAAGCACCGCGGUUUAAAACAUGAUGUCAUAAAACUUCAUCAAGAGGUUGUUAACUUUAUAGAGUUAGUGUGUAGAUAUCCUGAAUUUGACAAAGAGUCAAUUUCAGCUGAAUUGUCUUCAGAGGAUUCAAAUGCAACAUUUGACCCAAAAAAUAAUGCAAAAUUUAAAGUUACUAUUGACUUUCUCAGUAGGCUUGAUAUUUGGAUUGAGAUUGUGGAAGACAAACUAGAAAAAGUACAUAAAGAUUUUGAAGCAGUGAGGCAAAAAACUGCGGAGGCAUCUAAAGAAGCUAAAAAGAAUGAAUAUGAGGCACACGGAAGAGGGAUUGGUGUUGGAUUGUACUUAUACAAGUCAUCAAAAGAUUUUAAACAAUUGGAAUAUGAAAGUUGCCAGCUAAGUAUAGAACUCGAUAAGCUAAACAAAUAUGCUCGGAACCUGGAUGCAAUAGCAGAAAUGGUCGAAAAGAAGAGAGAAGCUGAAACAUCCUUUAAAAUUGCAAGAAAAAAUAUUGAACGACUGCAUCCUCUACUUAGCACAAUUACAGUAACAUUUACAGAUAUUUUUAGAAUACUUGAAAAGGGUAAAGACCUUGAAGAUGAAAAAAAUUUAGCUUUGAACUAUAAAGAUGACUGAAACUUUGUGUUUGCAACAAUAAUGCAGGAUAGCAAUGCUGCUCUAAAGUCAAUAUUAUUAUACUGAUGCUACUACUUUUAUAUAAAUAUACUUGUGUAAUUAUUUUUUCAUCUUUCAUGUAUAUAACCUAGAUAGUAAUGCAUUGAGCCCAAAAUGUGCAAGCUUAUAUGAAAACUGUUAUAAGGCGCCUAAUAACGAUCCAAAAUUCUAACUAGGUACUAAAUAAUCCUAUGUAUUAGGAUGACUAUUGACUUAGAUCAUCAAAAUGCUG